CCAUCCCACCUGCUGUGCCACCUCCAUUCUGAGCUGGACCCACGGGGGAUGGCUGAGUCCAGAGACCCCACAAGGAAAGGCUUCUUGGACCUGGGCAUUUAACCAUGGAGAAAAGAGCCAGCAGCCAUCCAACGACUCUGCCUCAGGGCACCAUCAACAUGAACCAGUGCACAGACGUGGUGGAUGGGGAGGGCCGCACGGGCCAGAAGUUCUCCCUGUGUAUUCUGACGCCUGAGAAGGAGCAUUUCAUCCGGGCAGAGACCAAGGAGAUUGUCAGUGGGUGGCUGGAGAUGCUCAUGGUCUAUCCCCGGACCAACAAGCAGAACCAGAAGAAGAAACGGAAAGUGGAGCCCCCCACACCACAGGAGCCUGGGCCUGCCAAGGUGGCUGUCACCAGCAGCAGCAGCAGCAACAGCAGCAGCAGCAGCAGCAUCCCCAGUGCUGAGAAAGUCCCCACCACCAAGUCCACACUCUGGCAGGAAGAAAUGAGGGCUAAGGACCAGCCAGAUGGCAGCAGCCUGAGUCCAGCUCAGAGUCCCAGCCAGAGCCAGCCUACUGCUGCCAGCUCCCUGCGGGAACCUGGGCUGGAGAGCAAAGAAGAGGAGAGCGCCAUGAGUAGCGACCGCAUGGACUGUGGCCGCAAAGUCCGGGUGGAGAGCGGCUACUUCUCCCUGGAGAAGACCAAACAGGACUUGAAGGCCGAGGAGCAGCAGCUGCCCCCGCCGCUCUCCCCUCCCAGCCCCAGCACCCCCAACCACAGGUACAGUUGCCCCGAGUCGCCCUCCCGGGAGCUCGGUGGUCCUCUUCCUUCCCCAGGUCCUCGACUCCCCCACCGAAUGGUCUGCAGCAUCUCCCUUGGCUCCCUGGAUGUGGCCAGCCAGCCACCUGCCUAUGUGGACUCUGGCAGCACUAGGGGGCGGGGGACAGAGAGACUGGGGAGCACCUUUGCCUUUAAAGCCAGCAGGCAAUAUGCCACCCUGGCCGACGUCCCUAAGGCCAUCAGGAUCAGCCACCGAGAAGCCUUCCAGGUGGAGAGAAGGCGGCUGGAACGUAGAACUCGGGCCCGGAGCCCUGGCAGGGAGGAGGUGGCCCGUCUGUUUGGCAACGAGCGGAGGAGGUCCCAGGUGAUUGAAAAGUUUGAGGCCUUGGACAUUGAGAAGGCAGAGCACAUGGAGACCAAUGCAGUGGGGCCCUCGCCAUCCAGCGACACACGCCAGGGCCGCAGCGAGAAGAGGGCGUUCCCUAGGAAGCGGGACUUCACCAAUGAAGCCCCCCCAGCUCCUCUCCCAGACGCCUCGGCUUCCCCCCUGUCUCCACACCGAAGAGCCAAGUCACUGGACAGGAGGUCCACGGAGCCCUCCGUGACGCCCGACCUGCUGAAUUUCAAGAAAGGCUGGCUGACUAAGCAGUAUGAGGACGGCCAGUGGAAGAAACACUGGUUUGUCCUGGCCGAUCAAAGCCUGAGAUACUACAGGGAUUCGGUGGCUGAGGAGGCAGCCGACUUGGAUGGGGAAAUUGACUUGUCUACAUGUUACGAUGUCACAGAGUAUCCAGUUCAGAGAAACUAUGGCUUCCAGAUCCAUACAAAGGAGGGCGAGUUUACCCUGUCGGCCAUGACGUCCGGGAUUCGGCGGAACUGGAUCCAGACCAUCAUGAAACACGUGCACCCGACCACUGCCCCGGAUGUGACGAGCUCAUUGCCAGAGGAAAAAAACAAGAGCAGCUCCUCUUUUGAGACAUGCCCGAGGCCUACUGAGAAGCAAGAGGCAGAGCUGGGGGAGCCAGACCCUGAGCAGAAGAGGAGCCGCGCACGGGAGCGGAGGCGAGAGGGCCGCUCCAAGACCUUUGACUGGGCUGAGUUCCGUCCCAUCCAGCAGGCCCUGGCUCAGGAGCGGGUGGGUGGCGCAGGGCCCACUGACACCCAUGAGCCCUUGCGCCCUGAGGCAGAGCCUGGGGAGCUGGAGCGGGAGCGUGCACGGAGGCGGGAGGAGCGCCGCAAGCGCUUCGGGAUGCUCGACGCCACAGACGGGCCAGGCACUGAGGAUGCAGCCCUGCACAUGGAGGUGGACCGGAGCCCAGGGCUGCCUGUGAGUGACCUCAAGACGCAUAACGUCCAUGUGGAGAUCGAGCAGCGGUGGCAUCAGGUGGAGACCACGCCUCUCCGGGAAGAGAAGCAGGUGCCCAUCGCUCCUGUACACCUGUCUUCUGAAGAUGGGGGUGACCGGCUCUCCACACACGAGCUGACCUCUCUGCUGGAGAAGGAGCUGGAGCAGAGCCAGAAGGAGGCCUCAGACCUUCUGGAGCAGAACCGGCUCCUGCAGGACCAGCUGAGGGUGGCCCUGGGCCGGGAGCAGAGCGCCCGUGAGGGCUACGUGCUGCAGACUGAAGUGGCCGCCUCCCCAUCGGGUGCCUGGCAGAGGCUCCAUAGAGUCAACCAAGACCUUCAAAGUGAGCUUGAAGCCCAGUGCCAGCGCCAGGAGCUGAUUACACACCAGAUUCAGACCCUGAAGCGUAGCUAUGGGGAGGCCAAGGACACGAUCCGGCACCACGAGGCUGAGAUCCGGAGCCUCCAGGCACGGCUCAGCAAUGCGGCCGCCGAGCUAGCCAUCAAGGAGCAGGCGCUGGCCAAGCUCAAGGGCGACCUGAAGCGGGAGCAGGGCCGGGUCCGCGAGCAGCUGGAAGAGCGGCAACACAGCGAGGCAGCGCUGAGCAGCCAGCUGAGGGCUAGCGAACAGAAGCUUAAGAGUGCUGAGGCCCUGCUGCUGGAGAAGACGCAGGAGCUACGGGGCCUGGAGACACAGCAGGCGCUGCAGCGGGACCGGCAAAAGGAGGUCCAGAGGCUGCAGGAGCGCAUUGCUGACCUCAGCCAGCAACUGGGCGCCAGUGAGCAGGCCCAGCGGCUGAUGGAGGAGAAGCUGCAGAGAAACUACGAGCUGCUGCUGGAGAGCUGUGAGAAGGAGAAGCAGGCAUUGCUGCAGAACCUGAAGGAGGUGGAAGACAAGGCCAGCGCCUAUGAGGACCAGCUGCAGGGCCAGGCACAGCAGGUGGAGACCCUGCAGAAGGAGAAGCUGAGUGCCACCUUCGAGGGCAGUGAGCAGGUGCACCAGCUGGAGGAGCAGCUGGAGGCACGAGAGGCCAGUGUGCGCAGGCUCGCAGAGCACGUGCAGAGCCUCUGCGACGAGCGGGACCUCCUCAGGCAGCGGUUCCAGGAGCUGACAGAGCGCGUGGCCACAUCCGAUGGGGAUGUGGCUGAGCUCCGGGAAAAGCUGAGGAGAAGAGAGGCCGACAACCAGAGCCUGGAGCACUCCUACCAGAGGGUCUCCAGCCAGCUGCAGAGCAUGCACACUCUGCUGAGAGAGAAGGAGGAAGAGCUGGAGCGCAUUAAGGAAGCACAUGAGAAGGUUCUGGAGAAGAAGGAGCAGGACCUCAAUGAGGCUUUGGUUAAAAUGGUUGCCUUGGGGAGCAGCUUAGAGGAAACAGAAAUUAAGCUCCAAGCAAAAGAAGAGAUUUUAAGGAAAUUUGCAAGUGAAUCUCCAAAGGACAUGGAAGAACCACGGAGUACCCCUGAAGAGACAGAAAGGGAUGGCACCUUGCUCCCAGGCCAACCAGUCCAAGUCACUAGGGCCCCUCUGGGCCUCCCACACACAAGGCUCGAGGAUGAGGACGAGGACCUGGGGGCUCCUCCGGGGGAGGAGUACGGUGAUGGCAGCCCCAGUAGGGAAGAGAGCAUAGUGCCCCCAAAGUCAGUGGAAGUUCUUGACAGGGAGGGCCAUCAGCAAGGCACAGCCAAACUCGACCAGGGGGCACCUGGUGUUAAAAGGCAAAGAAUCCGGUUCUCCACAAUCCAAUGCCAAAGAUACAUUCACCCCGAAGGGUCCGAGAAGACCUGGACCAGCAGCACGUCUUCCGACACCAGCCAGGACCGGUCACCCUCGGAAGAAAGCAUGUCCUCAGAGCCUGCACCCAGUGUACUGCCUGCACCUGGCGACUCUGACACGUACCUCUCUAUCAUCCACUCCCUGGAGACCAAGCUUUACGUCACAGAGGAAAAGCUCAAAGACGUGACUGUGAGGCUGGAGAGCCAGCAGGGUCAGAGCCGUGAGGCACUGCUUGCACUGCACCAUCAGUGGGCAGGCACCGAGGCCCAGCUGCGUGAGCAGCUCCGUGCCAGCCUACUCCAGGUUGGUGCGCUGGCCUCCCAGCUGGAGCAGGAGAGGCAAGAGAGGGCCAGGAGGGUUGAAGGGCAUGUUGGAGAGCUUGGGGACUUCCAGGUCAAGAACAGUCAGGCCCUGAUGUGCCUGGAAAAUUGCCGAGAACAACUGAGAUCUCUGCCUUGGGCCAGCCAGGAGGAUGAGCAGGACGCACGUGCAGCCUCCCUGGCCAGUGUGGAGAGUGCGCUAGUCAGCGCCAUCCAAGCACUGCAGCACUGGCCGGUCCCAGCCGAUGGUGGGGCCCAUGCACAACUGGAGACAGGUGGCACCGAGGAGAACAGGAAGCCUGCCUCCCUGCAGCAGUGCCCCCAGCCUGAGCUGACAGAGCAGGAGCGGGUGAGGCUUCUUUCUGACCAGAUUGCUCUGGAAGCCUCGCUGAUCAGCCAGAUAGCAGACUCCCUGAAGAACACAACAUCAGAUGUCUCCAGAAUGCUCCACGAGAUUUCUUGGUCAGGACAGCCACUGAUGGAAUCUGCUGGGGCCCCCGUAGACACCUGGGCCCGGAAGGUGCUGGUGGACGGUGAGUUCUGGAGCCAGGUUGAGUCUCUGAGGAAGCACUUGGGUACGCUGGGAGGAGAGGCAGUCGGUGCCUCAGGAGACGGGCAGCAGAGCAUCCCACAGGGCCUGGCCCCCAUCCUGGCCAAUGCCACAUGGGUCAGGGCAGAGCUCAGCUUUGCCACACAGUCAGUGAGGGAGUCGUUCCACCGCAGGCUGCAGAGCAUCCAGGAGACCCUGCGGGGCACCCAGACAGCCCUGCGGCAGCACAAGUGCCUGCUGGGGGAAAUCCUGGGAGCCUACCAAACCCCAGACUUUGAGAGAGUGAUGCAGCAGGUCUUGGAAGCCCUCAGGCUUCCAGCGGGCCAUGAAGAUGGUGUGCAGCUGUCCUGGGACCUGAGACCCUUAGGAGAAGUCCUGGGCCGAGACUCAGACGGCUCUCAAGAGCCCUUCCAUGUGUCUGACCAGAGCCCUGGGGCCUUUGUUGCUAUUCAGGAGGAGCUUGCCCAGCAGCUGAAGGAAAAGGCCAGUCUCUUAGAGGAGAUAGCUGCUGCCUUACCAUCUCUGCCACCUGUGGAAUCGCUGAGAGAUUGCCAGAAGCUUCUCCAGGCAUCACAGAGUCUCUCGUAUAACACUUGUUUUGGAGGUCUCGGUCAGUAUUCUUCAUUGUUGGUUCAGGAUGCCAUUAUCCAGGCCCAGGUGUGCUAUGCAGCCUGCAGAAUCCGGCUAGAAUAUGAGAAGGAGCUCCAGCUCUGCAAGGAGUCCUGGCAGACCCGGGAGCCCUCCUGCUCAGAGCAGGCACAGGCAGCCCAGGCCCUGAGGGAGGAGUACGAGGAGCUUCUCCGCAAGCAGAAGAGCGAGUACCUGGAUGUGAUCGCCAUCGUUGAAAGGGAGAAUGCAGAGCUCAAGGCCAAGGCCGCCCAGCUAGACCAUCAGCAGCAGUGUCUGGAGGAUGCAGAGAGCAAGCACAGCAUGAGCAUGUUCACCCUGCGGGGCAGGUAUGAGGAGGAGAUCCGGUGCGUGGUGGAGCAGCUGACCAGGACCGAGAGCACACUGCAGGCUGAGCGCAGCCGGGUCCUGAGCCAGCUGGAUGCCUCGGUCAGAGAUAGGCAGGACCUGGAGAGGCAUCAUGGCGAGCAGAUACAGACCCUGGAGGACAGGUUCCAGCUCAAGGUCCGGGAGCUGCAGACAAUCCACGAGGAGGAGCUGAGGACCCUGCAGGAGCACUACUCGCAGAGCCUGAGGUGCCUUCAGGACACCCUCUGCCUCCACCAGGGGCCACACCCCAAGGCCCUGCCGGCCCCUGCCCCCGACUGGCAGGCCACCCAGGGAGAGGCUGACUCCAUGACUGGGCUGAGAGAGCGCAUCCAGGAGCUGGAGGCCCAGAUGGACGUCAUGCGGGAGGAGCUGGGACACAAGGACCUGGAGGGCGACGCGGCCACACUGCGCGAGAAGUACCAGAGGGACUUGGAGAGCCUUAAGGCCACGUGUGAGCGAGGGUUUGCAGCAAUGGAAGAAACGCACCAGAAGAAGAUUGAAGAUCUGCAGAGGCAGCACCAGCGGGAGCUAGAGAAACUUCGGGAGGAGAAAGACCGCCUCCUGGCUGAGGAGACAGCGGCCACCAUCUCAGCCAUCGAAGCCAUGAAGAAUGCCCACCGGGAGGAGAUGGAGCGGGAGCUGGAAAAGAGCCAGCGGUCCCAGAUCAGCAGUGUCAACUCGGACGUUGAGGCCCUGCGGCGCCAGUACCUGGAGGAGCUGCAGUCGGUGCAGCGGGAACUGGAGGUCCUCUCGGAGCAGUACUCGCAGAAGUGCCUGGAGAAUGCCCACCUGGCCCAGGCGCUGGAGGCCGAGCGGCAGGCCCUGCGGCAGUGCCAGCGUGAGAACCAGGAGCUCAAUGCCCACAACCAGGAGCUGAACAACCGCCUGGCUGCAGAGAUCACACGGUUACGGACGCUGCUGACUGGGGACGGCAGUGGGGAGGCCACUGGGUCACCCCUUGCACAGGGCAAGGAUGCCUAUGAACUAGAGGUCUUAUUGCGGGUAAAGGAAUCAGAAAUACAGUACCUGAAACAGGAAAUUAGCUCCCUCAAGGAUGAGCUGCAGACGGCACUGCGGGACAAGAAGUACGCAAGUGACAAGUACAAAGACAUCUACACAGAGCUCAGCAUCGCGAAGGCUAAAGCUGACUGUGACAUCAGCAGGUUGAAGGAGCAGCUCAAGGCUGCAACGGAAGCACUGGGGGAAAAGUCCCCUGACAGUGCCACGGUGUCCGGAUACGAUAUAAUGAAAUCUAAAAGCAACCCUGACUUCUUGAAGAAAGAUAGAUCCUGUGUCACCCGGCAACUCAGAAACAUCAGGUCCAAGAGUCUGAAGGAAGGCCUGACGGUGCAAGAACGGUUGAAGCUCUUUGAAUCCAGGGACUUGAAGAAAGACUAGCUGUGUCCCAUCCAAGUUGAGCACGCGCCUUCCCCAGCUUGCAGCAGCACACCCCGAGCGCUGCUUUUCACCUGUACCUUUGUUUUAUUAUUAUUAUUGCUGUUGUUGUCAUCGUUAACUGUGGGCAUGGAAUGUGUGAGGCUGGCUUCUGGGUUGUCCACACCACUCUCUGCUGUGUUGACUUCCUGUUGUCUUCAUCAAAGCUCUUUUCCGUGGUAUUCUAAAAUUAGGCCAGCAGUGGGGACUGGGAGGGCAUCUGUGUUAGUCCCUUCCUGGCUGUGACCCGCUGCACUCACUGUCAGUAUUAAGGCCCAGCAGCCUGUUGAUAAGCUACCCUGUCUCACCACGCGCUGAUGUGGAAACAGGGCCCAGCCAGCAUGCCUCAAGGUAGAUGGAAUCCCCAUUGGUCAGAGAAAAAGCCAUGCGGACACUCCAGCUUUUGGCCUGGGUAAUAGCACUGACUCCUCACCCGCUAGUCUGGCUGUUAAGAGGAGAAGGUGCGCUGCCUUCCGGCCUGGGAGGAAGACAGCAUUUUGUAUCUGUUCCACUGAUGCCGCUUAGAACCACACCCCUGAGAAUCGUGGCAAACCUUUCACAACCUGGAAAAUGUUCAAAGCAACCAUUCCUAUUUUUGUUUGUUUUUUAUUAAAUCUUGCACAAAACCCCCGGCCCCUCUCCUUCCUUCCUCUGCUCGUUCCUUUCUUGGUCUCCAGUAACCCUGGUCUUUUCAUAACUACUCAAGAUUGUUGACCUGCAUGCAGCCCAGGUUUCAGACUCUGAUUGCAAAAAAUGAAUUCCCUCCAGGAAUCGUUCAAAGCGGGGGAAGGUUUGGGGGGUUUGGAUUUUUUUUAACUUUUGGAGAAGAAACCGUCACAUUGCUUUGGAAAAGGUUGAGAGGAGACCCCUGUUAAGUCAAGAAGAAAGUACAGAGGAUGUCAGAAUCUGAUGAGAACAGCACAUUAGUGUGUAUUCAGACUCUGAUCUUAACUCUCAUUUAAUUAAUCUGCGCUCUGGAAACCUAUCUUGCAACAUUUACUUUUAAAAGAGCCUGGUUAAAGUAAACCUAUACUACCAGUUUUGCUUUUUCUGACAGUUUGAGGAAGACCUUUUUAACUACCACAAAACAUUCUACAACAAUUCUUGAAAAUCUCCUAAAUUGGAGUCUCUAUUAUGGCCUCAUGAAAAGCAUUAAUUCCAUUAAGAUAAGGAGUAUAAACCCCUGGCUGGUGGAAUAGAUUCUGCUACUUUAGGAGCAAGGUGGGGUGUGAGCAGAUGGUUUUCAUGCCAAGAACAUGCUUUCACUUUGUAUUCAUGCUUGAGUUGGUGUGAUGGUCUCUGUGGGUGCGUGGAUGCUUUGGGCGUAGAAAUCUAGAAAUCCUGUGGCUCAGUUUCUAGAUGAAGUCAUGAGCAUGGCCAUCUGUGGAGCUCUGGCCCCGCCCCCAAUGUGCAGAAAGGCUGGGAGAAAGGCCUGGAGUUUUCAUGUGUUUUAAGACCCAGAUUUAGGUGCUCUCUUCUCACUGGAAUAACUAAGUGCUCUCCACUGGCAUCGAGCCCUUUCCACAAGUUUUUAAGGCUCUUAACCCACACUUUUACUCCUCUGCUACUAGUCUUCAGUGUUGUUAACAGCAAGAGAAAAUUGAGUUUGUUUUAAAAUCUACUUCUCUGAGGUGGCACAGUUGCGCAGCUGUAGUCCCAGCUACUCAGGAGGCUGAGGUAGGAGGAUCGCUUUGGUCCAGAAGGUUGAAGCUGCAAUUAGCCUUGAUCGUGUCACUGCACUCCAGCCUGGGCAACAGAGCAAGGCCCCAUAUCAAAUGUAGAUACACUUAUCAGACCCCCCUGACCAUUUAGAUUAGCAGUGCUUUGAGAAAUGCACUAUGACCUUUCUGUGUCAAUGGGAAUAUACAGAAGGAACGUUCAGGACCCCACUGUCCCCCACAGCCCCAUUGUUGUCUCCAGCACACUGCUGGGACACAACGAAUGCUCCAGGACGGACAGGGACCUGGUGUGCGUCAGGAUCUGACCAGACGGAGUUUUUGCCUGUUAUCUGGGUGCUACGAUUUCGUGCCAUUCUCUGAGGUCCACCACCUGCCUUGCCUGGCACAGUUUCCUUCGUGAUCAUCCCUGCUGCCCCUGGGGACAGACCCACUGGCCCUUCUGCAGACAGCUUCCUGCCUUCUGCCCUCCAGGGGCUUCUGGGCAGAGUCCAUGCGUGGAGACAGGAUCUGUCUGCCCUCACAGUGCUUUAAAUUAAAGCAAGUUUGCCCAUAGGUCAAAAGAGCAUUUGAUUCACUUUUUUCCAUCACGUAUCCCUUGAGGCUGGACUUCAGGAAUCCUAGAAAACUAUUAUGACUGCAGCAUGUAAGGGGUCAGAGACAGGCCAGCUGGGCAUCUGCAUUCCUCCCUGCCACAGGCCUCUCCCCCAGGGCUGGUUUAGUGUAGGGUAUUGCCAGGAAACGGACUGAGGCUGCUUUGCUAAGAGCUCCUGAAAAUGCCCUGGGCCUGCCCUGGCGUUUCUGAAGAGCCCUCACAAGGGACAGCCACCAUGUGGGUCAGGGAAGUCUGGGUUCCCUGCUGGUGGGCUCCAUCCUGCGAUGGAGUGAACCAGGCGAGAAAGGAUGACGAUGUUCUUCGUGUUCCACCUAGACAUGCCCCAGGAACAGAGACUUGCCCAGAUGGCAACACUAGCACAGAUGUUGACGGCUGCCCAACUGUUGCCACACUGAGCAGGGAGCAUUGUGCUGCACACGGCUGGGCCCUCUCUCCAGUUUCCUUCCUGCAGGCAUCCGAAUACCCUGGAAAGGAUUUAGCCCCUGAAUUCCAGAGAGAAGAAAGAAGAACAGUGAAGAAGUAGAACUGGUUUCUGUGUGGGGAGAGGAAAGUCUUAGUGGCAGCUGCGGGCAGGGUCUCAGGCUGUUCCUUGGCACCACCCACACAAUAGUGAGCUUUCCCAGCUUUACCAAUGAGGAAGAUGUUCAAAUGGAUAAGACUUCAGCAUUUUAAUUAUCUUCCUAUAAAUGUAUUUCUGUGUAGUAUGCUAGCACCAGCCUGUAAGCUGUGCCCCACAUAUGAAUGGGAAAGCGAGGCUUGUGUGAGUUUUUGCGGGCAUGUGUGUAAUUACCUUGUGUGCACACCUGCACGUGCAGAAUAGUCACUUUCUGCUGGUCAGUUUCUUUAUCCACACGUGGUGCCCCAGCCCCAAGCAGGUGUGGAGACCAGUGUUUCAGAGGACGCACUGUCCACAGCCUCCCAGGUCCGAGUGGAUCAUUGGGCAGGGGGUGGAGGCGGACAGUGCGCUGCCCUGUGAGCUGGAAGCCUGUGCUUCAGGGAGUCAUAAUGGGCCUGUGCUAAGUGGGUGAUGCGGUGAACAUCCCAGGGUGACUAGAGAUAGCAGCAUCACGAACUUGUGGGUUUAUUGAACAAGAGGUAACAUCAGAGAGGAUCUUGCCUUCAGAUUCAGCAAGUAUGAAGGCAGAAGAGCAUGGAGAGCAAGGCCCCACAGCCUGCUUAGUGAUGUGGAAGGCCCAGAAGAACCUGUUUCUGCAGCAGCCACCAGCUCCUGUCACUCUGACCCUCCAGCUCAUGCAGCCAUACAGGAAGAGGGAAUUUCGGCUGUUUAAAGAACACAGUUGUGAAUCUCAGAAUGUGCCUGAAAGGAAUACUGACAGAUAAGGCCGGAAACAUUGAAAAACAUUUUUAUGGAAUGUGUUUACUACCAUUUGUUUUACUACAGAGGUAGAUGGGACUCUUAACUUUUGGGUACAUGGAAACAUGCUGAGAAUUGAACACAAUCCUGAUCAUCAUUCCUGCCUGGCCGUCUCCUGGGAGGCUGCCGGGUGCCACACAGCUGGAACACACCAGAGCCCGCUAGGUGUUUGCAGGGCCCUGGAGGCCAAGGCCACUCUGUGUGGGGGUCCCUGUCGGCAGCCAGGUCCCUACACAAACAAGUAAUCCUGUUUGGCCUACUUGGCUUUGAACAUGACCUGCAGCCUAAUUUGGGGUGUAGGGGAAGCUCUGCUGUCCCCUGCUCCUUUGUAUGUUGGGUGACUUCAGUGGCUGGCCACAUACCCAUUUCUCCCAGCUACUCAUUCACGGACUUGCCUAAGUUCUAAGACAGUUGCACUUAGAAAAGAAUGCGACACAUCAACAUUUACUGUUCCUGAAAAAAAAGAGUUUGCUCAACAUGGUCCUAAAGAAGCUUGGAAUUUAUAAGACCUUCCUUUAUAAAAUAUAGUGUUUUGGGGGGAAUUGUUUGUUUUUUGCUUUUUUUUGUUGUUUUUUGUUUUGAGACAGAGUCUUGCUCUGUUGCCCAGGCUGGAGUGUGGUGGCACAAUCUCGGCUCACUGCAACCUCUGCCUUCUGGGUUCACGCCAUUCUCCUGCCUCAGCCUCCCGAGUAGCUGGGACCACAGGCACCCGCCACCACGCCCGGCUAAUUUUUUUUGUAUUUUUAAUAGAGAUGGGGUUUCACCGUGUUGGCCAGGAUGGGCUCGAUCUCCUGACCUCGUGAUCCGCCUGCCUCAGCCUCCCAAAGUGCUGCUGCGAUUGCAGGUGUGAGCUACUGUGCCCGGCCAAUAAGAUAGAGUUUUUUUAAAAAAAAACUUGUGACCCCAUUGUCACUAAGGGAGAAAGAAAUUAAGUAUUGCCAAAGUUUUAGAAAGAAUGGAAAUGUAUGAUAUUAUACUUUGAAGGAAUUUGAUGUUGAAAUUUUAAAGAAAAUUUGUCAUGUUGAUGAGAAAGCUUCACUUUCCUGGGAAUGUCAUUCAUUUUAGGGCGUGAGAUGAAAAUCCUGGCUAGGGGAGUCACAGGUCUGAUGUACAAGGAAUUUGCUUUCUAAACAGGUUGUAACUUGCCCUAAGUCCAUGUUGGAGCACUAAGAGGUGACACAGGCCAGAGACGUUCCGUUUCCCCUUUCCUGCAAGCUGGCAUCAGCCCUGUGUUUUCUCCUUUCAGCUGAAAUAAGCGAAAGUUCUCGGUGCGGGCAAAACAGCCCCAUUUCUGAAAGGAUUUGGGAAGAAAGCUGCUGGUAACUUGCUUAUUAAAAAGCUCCUUAGAAUUAAGGCAUCUACACACUGUUUUCCCACCUUUCAUCUUCUGGGCUUUCCUGCCCUCCAGCAUUCUUGUGAAGAGAGGUUCCUAGCCCACUCAGCGCGAGCAUCUCCAGUGGGUAAAUACUCAGCAACUGAACGUGGGUUUUCCACGCACUUCAGGCUUGGAGGUUGGCCGUGUACGAGCACACUCCUUCCCUUCCCAGGCCUCUCCGUGCCACCACCCGCUUUAAAGAUGCGAACUCAGUAGAUUUCUCAUCCCAUAAAAGGUCAUCUUCACAUCGAAAGGUGAAGGCCACCACUGUUCUCAAUGCCAAGCAACAGAGCGUUCUGAGAUGGGCGCUCUUCCUUGCACAGCAGCUAUGGCAGUUUGUUCUGCAGCCACCCCUUAGAGGGGGCUGUUCCUUGUACCCUUGUACAGUUCUCGUGUUAACACACUUGGGCCGAACGGUUUUCAGCAAGGGUGUGUGUCCACAACUGAUGGCAGUAAGAACCAAGCUGAGCUGUAGGCUCUUCAAAAGGAAAGCCUGGCAUAAACCCAGUAUGGAAAGGAACAUUACCAAUUCUCUCAAAUUGUGUCUGCCAGGGACAAGACCCGUUCAUUCUCUUGCUCUUUUCAGAACUGUGAGCUUCAAGUAUUCUUGCUUCUCUGUAAAGAGAAGACAUCUCCCUUCUCUGAAAUCCUUCAACAAAAGAAAAGACUCUUGGCAGGGUGGGGGAAGUCAGUAGCUCAACACUAGACAUCCCUGGAGAUGGGACAAGUUUCCGUCUGCACACGUCUUGGGUCCGAGUCCUUAGGUGUUUGGAUGCAAUACUUUGUGAAUACUGAAGCUACUGCAUGCUUGGUGUAGCUUGCAAUUUCUCUGUAUUUAAAAGCAGCUGUGUUUAUUUUCUUCAAAAUAACCUGUAUAUUAUUCAGAGCAAGCAGUGUAAAUAUUACUGAGAAGUUACUGCAGGGAUUUUUGUGACAAAGUUUGUAUGGGUUUUUAAAAAAAAUCUUAGACACCCCUUUUUAAGAUGGGGAGAACAGGGUUGACUGCACCGUUGAACCCCGCCCAGCAUUAUAAGGAAAUGUUUUUAAUGACUGCUGCAUCUUUGUAAACAUUUGGUCAUCUAACAGAUGGUUUUAAAGUAUACCAUAUCUAAAAUAACGAUAGCCCUGUAUCCAUACAUUGUUUCAUUGAAAUAAUUCUGUAUUGCCUGUUCUUGGUAGAGCCAGAGUCCUCAAGGAAAAUCAGGAAAAUGAAGAAAAUGAUGGCGCCAUCUUAACCAGACUUCUGCACAGUAAUUUAAGGCUAUCAUAGGGAGACUUGGUUCAAGGCACAGUUCUAGGAUCGGGGCCUAAAUGUGCAGUUUCUGAGAACCUUCAAGACCACUCACUGGGCAGGGCUCUGUGUGGAGCACCGGAGCUGUUUGGAUUCCCCAGCCCUUUGGUCAUAUCCUAGAAUUCCAUGGAGGCUGCAGAACUUCAAUGCAGCUGUUUUUUACAACACAUAUUUUUGUCAGAUUGGUAAGGAAACACUGAGUCACAGAAUACUUAAGAAAUGGAGACUCCAGUACUGUAGGAUGGCCUGGGAGGAUGCCCAAGUCCCAAGGGGUGGACACAGCAUGUUCCUCGGGCACGGCCUCAGUGGGGGCCUUCCCCAGGCGCAGCUUGGCCACCUGAGGAAAGGGUGUUUCGGAGGCGCAGCCACACACACACACACACACACACACACACACACACACACAGCGCUUGCAGCCUCACAGUCACGCCUGUCACUCCCCGCCCCCCACCCCCCUCGAGAAGUUAGUGGUGUCACAUACUUAGUUUUAUAGACAGCUAGGAAUAGAUUGUGAAGAACACUCAGUUCACUACUGUGUUAUGUUUAUAUCACAAGCUUCAAUUAAAAUAGAUUUUAAAGGAUUUUAGGAUUUACUUUUAGCAUUAACCACUUAUCUACUGACAUACUGUUAGGAUUCAAAACCAGUUAAGUGUAAGAAUUACUUCAUGUGGUUUUCCUAGGGUGAUAUUUAUAAAAGGUAGAAAGCAUCCAAGUGGCUCCUCAGUAAUUACAAUUCUUAAUGAUUUUUCUCACAACUGUGCCCUUCUGUCAAGGUCAAUGUCUCAAUUCAUUAUCAAAGACAAAACAUACUGUGCCAAGCUGGGGCACUGUAUGUGAACGAAGUGGAAAUGCUUCAGUCACCUCUGCCGCAGCUUGUGAUUCCAGCAGUUUGAUAAACGUUCUGUCACAUGAUAAAAAGAAGCAGCUCAUAUAAUUCCAACUGGCAUUUCAUUUCUGUCCUAAUGCUAAAUGGUAACGCUUAACAGACUAAAAGCCAUGUGCAGAAGAAAGGGCUGAAUGAGUACCGCCUCCCCAGGUUCCAGCGCAGCGCUCGGCUCUGAGAAGUAGAGCCCUGGAGUCGGGUGGGCCAUCCACUGUCAGGCCAGUGUCUCAAGAAAGCCUGACUAGCUGAGCUGCUGCUCUCUUUUUUGUGGGGGGACUUUUGAAGCUUUUUUUUUUUUUUUUUUUUUUUACAAAGUUUGUGAUCAACUAUUCACUACAGUUGAAGUGUUACUUUGUCAGAAUAUUUAUUCCUUUGUGUGACAUGCUAGAUUCCCUGGAUGUAGCUGAUCAUUUUUAUUUUGUAAAUAUUACCUAACUUUACAUAAACUAUAUCAUAAUAAACUAUUUUUGCAUCACCCUU